ACAAUAGGGUUUUUCACAGUUUCUUUCCUCUCCCUCAAUCUUUUCAUCCUCUAGCCGCUGCACUUUUGAACAAAACACCAGGCCACGGCUCGCAGGCGUCCUCACCGGCUCCAGCCUCUAGUACCGUCGUCACGACCAGCUGCCGUAGGCUUUCAAUCUCCUUAUCGCUUUGCCAGUCUUCUCAUCGACCCACAGCUGUUGCAGUUCCCUCCUCAGGAGUGUGCGGAGGAGAUUUCCUGCGAGAUCUCCUCCACGCAUCGAGCUGUGGUGAUUACUUUCACAUACGAAAACUCCCGUUUCUACUUUUCUUCCAUAAAAGCUUCGAUUUGACAUUGACCUGAAAAAACCCUUUUAUACUUCUCUCUCUCACUCUCUCACACGAAGUUGGAAGUAGUACGGCUAAUUUUGGAAUUUUUUCAGCUAAAUUUCCACAAAACCUAUGUCGGACCGACUCAGUACCCUCUCGCCAACGCGUAGAGAAGAAAGUACUACUUCUAGUUCAGAAGUUUCAUCUAAUGAGAACCAACUGCGGAUAGGCGAAAAAUUAGUGAUUUUUUUAUCAAAAGAAAUUGGUAAAAGCAGCAUGGGGACCGUUGUCUAUGAGGGAUCUUAUGAAGGUACACCAGUUGCUGUGAAACGGAUUCUCAAGAGUCAUCAUGAAAUGGCUGAUCAAGAAAUCAAGAACUUUGAAGCAUCUGAUCAUCACCAAAAUGUUGUCAAAUAUUAUGGGGUGGAGCAAGACAGAGACUUUAUUUAUCUUGUUCUGGAGCUAUGUGAUUGCAAUUUGAGUGACCUUAUCGAAAUGCCUUCCGCGGCUUCUUUACAUCAAUAUGAGUAUGUAUCAAAAGAUCAUCAUUGCAAUACAAUUUCUGUAACUUCAAGUGAUGAACAUUCAGAGCUACCGAAUAUUUUGGAAGAUGCUGACCUUUGGGAUGAUAAUAACCGCCCUACACCAUUAUUACUAAAAUUGAUAAGGGAUAUAGUUUCUGCAAUUGAGCACUUGCAUAAGUUGGGCAUAGUUCACCGAGACGUAAAGCCCGAAAACGUAUUGAUACAAAAGCAAAGCUCAUCUUUUCAUGCAAAGCUUUCCGAUAUGGACAUCAGCAGACGCCUUCGUGAUAAUAAGUCUGCGUUGAGUAACCAUUUUUCACGUUGCGGCACUACAGGCUGGAAAGCGAGAGAAUGGCUUCUUUUUGAACGCCAAACACAUGCAAUGGAUUUGUUUUCCUUAGGUUGCCUCAUCUUUUAUUGCAUCACUCGUGGUAUACAUCCAUUUGGGGACCAUGAUGAACGCAAUAAGAAUAUUAAGGAAGAGAAUCUGAAGAACAUGUUUUUGGUACAAGGUUUCCCAGAAGCUUCUCAUCUCAUUUCUCUUUUAUUACAACCUGAAUAUUGGUUAAGGCCAGAAGCAAGUGAGGUGUUGCACCAUUUACUGUUCUGGGUUGCAAAGAAAAGACUUUUUUUCAUUAGCGACUUUAUUGAUAGAGUAAGCGAAGACUCUAUUCUUUCUAAAGAGCUCGAAACUGCUGCAAGCGCAAUUUUAGGUACUGAAAGGAUAAUAAUGAUAAAUGUGGUUCUAAAAUGGAACAAAAAGGUGGAUACAGAGAUAAUCAGGCACAUUUCCCUCUCUGCAAAAAGGGAUUACAAGUUUAACAGCGUUCGUGAUUUGCUGCAACUGAUUCAAUACAUAUUGAAGCAUUAUGAACAGCUCCCAAAAGAUAUUCAGAUUCUAGUCGGACCGCUAUAUGAAGGACUCGAUGACUAUUUUACAAGAAAAUUUCCCACGCUCCUGAUGACAAUGUACGUUGUUGUGUGCACUCAUUGUAAAGAAGGGUUGUUCAGUGAAUAUUUUGAGAGCAAUCUGUUGCUAGCUAACUGAGGGGUUGAUACAUGGAAACUAGAUCUCAAUGCAAGUGUAUGCAUUGAUAUAACCUUGUUUUUCUUUUUAAACCAAGAGCUGCAUAUAAUAGAAACAAGCAUAUAAUUUUUGUUUAGCCAAGCUUGCAACUAUCACAACUAUUUGUAAUUCUCAUUGUGUAUAUAAGUGUAGAAUGAAU